AUGAACAACUGGAAUCAAAUUAAGCAAAAUACCAACAUUAACUUGGAUUUGUUCUUAGAAAUAGUUGAAUUUUGUAUAGACUCGAGCUACUUCCGUUAUAAUAAUCAGCACUACCAACAGAUCUUCGGAACUGCCAUGGGAAACCCUUUGUCUCCAGUGCUAGCCGACCUAGUAAUGGAAAAUCUACUGGAUUCCGUACUACGAAUACUAGAUUUUAAACCACCAUUCAUUUGGAAAUAUGUGGACGAUUUAAUGAUGUCGAUCCCCCCUGACAAAAUACAACAGGAUAUGGACAUUUUCAAUAAGCACAACCCGCACAUACAGUUUACGUACGAGCUAGGAAUAGAUAAGCGUAUUCCAUUUCUUGAUAUGCUCCUUAUCCGAACCGACGACCAACAGAUUAAAACAGAAUGGUUCAUGAAACCUAUCGCAAGUGGAAGAUUACUCAACUACAAUUCGCAACACCCGUUGCACCAAAAAAUCAAUGUUGCAAUGAAUUUCAUCAACAGAGUACAACGCCUGUCUACAAACCUGAAACAUGCAGAAAUUACACAAACAAGUCAAUCUCAACAGCUACCCGAAAGGUCUACGGCGCAGACUUAUAAACCGGAAACAACAACACAAUAA